GCUGUCUCUACUCUGUAUAGAGCUAAAAGCUAGGCCAAUAAGAAACCAAACCCAACAACCAAAACCAGUAUUAAAGUUUCUUGGCCGGAGGAAUUCGCCGGCGAAGAAGAAAGAUAAAAAGAAAAAAUGAGUGGUUCUAGGUUUAUCAAGUGCGUCACCGUAGGCGAUGGAGCUGUUGGGAAAACCUGUAUGCUAAUCUCCUACACCAGCAACACCUUUCCUACUGAUUAUGUGCCUACGGUUUUCGACAAUUUUAGUGCAAAUGUUGUAGUUGAUGGAAAUACUGUAAAUUUGGGAUUGUGGGAUACUGCUGGUCAGGAGGAUUACAAUCGAUUAAGGCCUUUGAGUUAUCGUGGAGCUGAUGUUUUCAUACUUGCAUUUUCUCUCAUUAGCAAAGCAAGUUUUGAGAAUGUUUCCAAAAAGUGGAUUCCAGAACUCAGGCACUAUGCUCUGGGAGUUCCGAUUGUUCUUGUUGGGACAAAGCUUGAUCUUCGUGAAGAUAGGCAGUUUUUGAUAGACCACCCUGGAGCCGUGCCCAUAUCAACCUCUCAGGGAGAAGAGCUAAGAAAGCAGAUUGGUGCUGCCUAUUUCAUAGAAUGCAGUUCAAAAUCCCAGCAAAACAUAAAGGGUGUUUUCGAUGCUGCCAUCAAGGUGGUUCUUCAACCACCUAAACAGAGAAAGAAGAAGAAGAAGGGUGGUGAUGUUAAGGGGCAGAAAACAUGCAGUAUCUUGUGAGGGACAUACAGAAAACAAUCGAAAGAGAAACAAAUCAAGAUUUGUAUUUUACUUUGAAAUCUUCUUCGUGUUUGUAGUCUGACUGAGUUUUCGAUAUGUAUAUUUUUAGUAUUCUGAUUCGCUUAAUACACAUUAUACAUAUGUUUCCACUGGUUUAUUAUCCUUAGUUUCAUUCAAUUUUC